AUGUCACCACAGUGUAACUAUGAAGCCCGUUGUAUUCAAAUUCGCAUCUCGGCACAGCUUGAAAUGGAUCCAGUAACUGCAAUCAUUUUCCUGGCGGCUUUGCUACCCCAAUCUGAUGGAACGCUGACGUUAAAAAACCGAGAGGAGAUCCUUGAGAAAAGCAAUGAAAUACGAAGAUCUGUAGUUCCCACAGCCAGCAACAUGCUGAAGAUGGUGUGGAGUGAAAAAGCUGCCAGAAAUGCUCAGAUAUGGGCAAAUAAGUGUGAGAUGAGAGUCAGUCCAGGAGAUGAGAGAGUCCUUGACGGUGUCAUCUGCGGUGAGAAUAUAUUACUAUCAUCUAACCCAAAAACAUGGGAUGAAGCAAUUGAAGACUGGUACAUCCAGUCCUCCAAUUUCAAGUAUGGAUAUGGAGCAACUGUGAAAAACGCCAAUAUUGAGAGCUACACCCAGCUAAUCUGGUACAACAGUUACAAGAUUGGAUGUGCAGUUGCCUACUGUCCUCUGAAUGCGUUCAAAUACUUUUACGUUUGCCAGUACUGUCCUGCAGGAAAUAAUGUCAUGCAAAUAGCUACACCUUACAAAAGCGGACCAAAAUGUGCAGACUGUCCUGGCCACUGUGACAAAGGGCUUUGCACCAACGCUUGCAAGUACCAGAACCACUUGGGAAACUGUGAAACUUUGAAAUCCUUGCUUGGCUGUCACCAUGAAGCAGUGAGGAAGAACUGUGCUGCUACCU